AGCCGCCCGGUGCCGCUUGUAUUCUGCCGUCCACAUCCCCAGGGCUUCCAUCUACCUUGAGAGUGCGUCAGUCGUGAUCUUCCGCGACCUGGUCAAUUUCAAAGCUUAAUCAUUGGCCUUUCCUCCUCUUUUGAGCUUACCAUGGGCUGAGGACUUGUUUACGCGCCUCUUCUUUUUUUCCUUCGUAGCAUCAUCUUUGCGCACAGAGAUACCCAGAGCGCAAGACAAGCUCCCCCCAUACCUAUCUGGCCAACGCGACCCGACUCGAGUUGUGACAGCUGGCGACGCAACGCCCGAGUGAGCAUCGCUUCUUCCUUGCACUAAACCGGCGCUCAAGAACGGCAAGCCUCUUCCCCGUGGCCGAAAGAGAAAGCUUCCCAAUACCGAACCAAUCCCUGCGACGCAAUCGACUGGCUUGGGUGCCCCCGAGGAGCCUACCUAGAACACACGCGACUCGCCCAACACCCAGCCUCGCCCUCUGGGCCCACCCCAGGCCAAGAUGUCCCAACGAAACCGAAGCGGCCGCGGCUCGAAUCGCAACAAUGGCAGCGGCCACGGCGAGGAGGUACAGUUGUGGGAGUCGGCCAAGGAGAAGUUCCACGAAAUUGUCAGCGGUGUCAAUCAAGAGAACGACAACCUGGCCGAGCUGUUAAAGCUCGACAAAAAGGCCGCGAUUGCUAGCAUGGACGGUGGCAAGCCCUCUGGCGCCGAUCUCAACAAGAUGGAGCAGAACUGCCGAUCAGGGGUCAAGCUGUCUGAGAACAACUCCAAUAACAUCAAAAACCUCAUUGAGCAGCUUAAGAUCCUGAAGGCCGUGCAGCAGGCCAAGGAAGCUGCAGAGGCUCCCGCGACGACGAGCACAUCAUCGCGAACCGGUAGCUCUACUCGUAACCGAGAUGCCGCGUCGGCCGCAAUAUACGACUUCGACGGUGCCGGCGACUCCCCCGUGCCUAGCCCUAUCGGCGGCAACUCGCGCAAGUUUGGGGACAGAGGCAGCAACCGCGACAGCAUGCCGCCCAAGGCAGAUAGCGUCGAGCCGCAGGGAUCAACGGGCUCCAACACAGCGGGCUCCUCGUCGGGGGCUCUGGGAUCGAGCGCUGCAUCGGCGGCGCGCAGCAAGGUGUCGUUUUCCAAAGGCGAUAAGGUCGCGUUCAAGCGGAAGAAGGACGAACCGCAACAGGGCGAAGCACCUUACGACUGGAUACUGGGCGAGGUUGUUGGGGUCAUGGGCGAAGGCAAGAGCCGACGGUACAAGUGUCUGGAUGUGGAACCGGAGGACAACGUCAAGCCGAAGGAGUACAAAACAUUUGCUUCGGGCAUGAUACCGAUCCCGGCGGAGAACCAGACGCAUACUCUCGCCAAGUUGGAGGCUGGCAAGAUGGUACUUGGCCUAUACCCACAGACGACGGCAUUUUACGCAGCGGACGUUGUCGGCACGGAGCCGGACGGCAAGACGGUCAAUCUUAAGUUCCACGGUGAGAACGAUUCCUCGACUACGCAUCAGGUGGAACGUCGCUAUGUGCUGGAAUUUCGGCCUUAGAUGGCCAGCCGCCCCGAGGGAGAGAGCGGGGGGCUUGUGUUAGCGAGGGCCAUCAGCGGGCGUUCGCUUAAAGUAUUGCGUUGGAUGCGGCGUAUUGGCCUAAGGAUCAACGGCCCGGACAUGGGAUCUCAUAUCGUCAAGUUUCAUUAAAACAAACAGAAAGGGGAAUAUGAAUGACGCGGCGGGUCGAAACGGAGUUUAACACGAGUAUUAUGAAGCAAGCAAGGGUUAGCGAAUAGCGGCAACCAUGGUCCAUAUGUAGGCUCAUAACGGCACUAGAAAUGACCACGGGCACGGGUACGCGAGUUUGAUGUCGCAUGCUCCCUGAUUUGUUUUUUCGGGUUGUAAGUCCCGCCUCUUUGAC